UCCGGGCCUGCGUCACGGCGUCGGGGCGGAAGCUGGUGCGGCUCCGGCCGGCGGUUGCUCAGCUGCCCGGACGCCCUGGACCCGAGCCCCCGCGCCCGCCGCGGGCCGCCAUGUCGCUGCUGCAGUCCGCGCUCGACUUCCUGGCGGGCCCCGGCGCCCUGGGCGGCGCUGCCGGCCGCGACCAGACCGACUUCGUGGGGCAGACGGUGGAGCUGGGCGAGCUGCGGUUGCGGGUGCGGCGGGUCCUGGCCGAGGGAGGGUUUGCAUUCGUGUAUGAGGCCCAGGAUCUGGGAAGUGGCCGAGAGUAUGCGCUGAAGAGGCUGCUGUCCAACGAGGAGGAGAGGAGUCGAGCCAUCAUCCAGGAGGUGUGCUUCUUGAAAAAGCUUUCUGGCCACCCCAACAUUGUCCAGUUUUGCUCUGCAGCGUCAAUAGGGAAAGAGGAGUCCGACACGGGGCAGGCCGAGUUCCUGCUGCUCACAGAGCUCUGCAGAGGGCAGCUGGUGGAGUUUCUGAAGAAAAGCGAGACCAAAGGGCCACUGUCGUGCGACACCGUCCUGAAGAUUUUCUACCAGACGUGCAGGGCCGUGCAGCACAUGCACCGGCAGAAGCCGCCCAUCAUCCACCGGGACCUCAAGGUUGAAAACUUGUUGCUGAGUCACCAGGGGACCAUUAAGCUGUGUGACUUUGGCAGCGCCACGACCGUCUCGCACGCCCCUGACUACAGCUGGAGUGCCCAGCGGCGGGCCCUGGUGGAGGAGGAGGUCACCAGGAACACAACGCCCAUGUACAGGACGCCCGAGAUCGUGGACCUGUACUCGAACUUCCCCAUCGGCGAGAAGCAGGACAUCUGGGCGCUGGGCUGCAUCUUGUACCUGCUGUGCUUCGGGCAGCACCCUUUUGAAGACGGAGCAAAGCUUCGCAUCGUGAACGGGAAAUACUCCAUCCCUGCUGACGACAGUCGGUACUCUGUGUUCCACGGCCUCAUCCGCGCCACACUGAAGGUCAACCCGGAGGAGCGGCUGUCCAUCACCGAGCUGGUGAACCAGCUGCAGGAGAUCGCGGCUGCCCGGAGUGUGAACCCCAAGUCGCCCAUCACUGAGCUCCUGGAGCAGAAUGGAGGCUACGGGAAUGCUGCCCCGUCCCGAGGGCCACCUCCUCCCGGGGGGCCUGUGAGCAGCGGCCAAGGCGGAGGCCUGGCGGUGGCUGAGUAUGAGCAGUCCUACGGCGGGCUCCUGGACAUCCUGCGGGGUGGCCCCGGGCGCCUGCUCACCAACCUCAAGGACACCUCCUCCAAGGUCAUCCAGUCCGUCGCCAAUUAUGCGAAGGGAGACCUGGACAUUUCCUACAUCACCUCCCGAAUCGCAGUGAUGUCCUUCCCGGCAGAGGGUGUGGAAUCGGCCAUCAAAAACAACAUCGAGGACGUGCGCUUGUUUCUGGACUCCAAGCACCCGGGACACUAUGCGGUCUACAACCUGUCCUCCAGGACGUACCGGCCCGCCAAGUUCCACAACCGCGUGUCCGAGUGCGGGUGGGCGGCCCGGCGCGCCCCGAGCCUGCGCAGCCUGUACAGCAUCUGCAGGGACAUGCACUGGUGGCUGCGGCAGGACCACAAGAACGUGUGUGUGCUGCACUGCACGGACGGGAGAGCGGCGUCGGCCGUGGCCGUCUGCUCCUUCCUGUGCUUCUGCCGGCUCUUCAGCACCGCCGAGGCCGCCGUGUACAUGUUCAGCAUGAAGCGCUGCCCGCCUGGCAUUUGGCCGUCCCACAAAAGGUACAUCGAGUACAUGUGUGACAUGGUGGCGGAGGAGCCCAUCACGCCCCAUAGCAAGCCGAUCCUGGUGCGGGCCAUCGUCAUGACGCCCGUGCCGCUGUUCAACAAGCAGAGGAGUGGCUGUCGGCCCUUCUGCGAGGUCUAUGUGGGGGACGAGCGCGUGGCCACCACGUCCCAGGAGUACGACAGGAUGCGGGAUUUCAGGAUCGAGGACGGCAAAGCGGUCAUCCCUCUGGGCACGGCGGUCCAAGGGGACGUGCUCAUCGCCAUCUACCAUGCGCGGUCCACCCUGGGAGGCAGGCUGCAGGCCAAGAUGGCGUCCAUGAAGAUGUUCCAGGUCCAGUUCCACACGGGGUUCGUGCCUCGGAACGCCACCACCGUGAAGUUCGCCAAGUAUGACCUGGACGCCUGUGACAUUCAGGAGAAAUACCCAGAUCUGUUCCAAGUGAGCCUCGAGGUGGAGGUGGAGCCCCGAGACAGGCCCAGCCGGGAGGCUCCUCCCUGGGAGAGCUCCAGCAUGAGGGGUCUGAACCCCAAGAUCCUCUUUUCCAGCCGAGAGGAGCAGCAGGACGUCCUGUCUAAAUUCGGGAAGCCCGAGCUCCCCAGGCAGCCGGGCUCCAGCGCCCAGUAUGACGCCGAGACAGGAUCUCCCGACGCUGAGCCCACGGAGUCGGAGUCCCCGCAGAGCAGUGGCGCGGACACCAACCACUUCCUGCACACGCUGGACUGGCAGGAGGAGAGAGCCGGGGAGCCGGGCCCAGAGGGCAACGUGGCCCAGGAGGCACCGUCCGCCCCGGCCGAGGACGCAGGGGAGAGCGAGCUGUCGGACGAGGAUGCGGCCACGCUCUCCGCCGAGAGCAGGGACACGGUGGACGAAGACAUGCCAGGCCCAGCAGCGAAGGCCCCGGAGCAAGAGUUGAUUUUUGAUGCGAACAGGCCGGCCACGCCGCAGGAGCCCAGGCCGCCAGAAGACGGCGUCGACCUGCUGGGGCUGCACUCCGAGGCAGGGCCGGCGCCCCUUCCGGCCCCUGGGGGCCCCACCAGCAACGCCGACCUGCUCAGCUGCCUCCUGGGAGCCCCGGAGUCUGCUCCCGAGGGUGCCCCAGGCGACCUCCUCGGUGGGGAGACCCCCCUGCUCUUCACCAGCCCCGCCCCCACCACGGGCGGGCCCCCCGCAGCUGCCGACCCGUUCGACCCUCUCCUGCUGACAUCCGAUCUAGAUGCCCAGCCCUGCUCCAAGCCCAAUCUCUUGGGGGAAUUUCUUAAUUCAGACUCUCUGGCCGCUCAGCCUGCGUCCUUCCCCUCCACCCACAGCGCCCCGCCCCCGGCCUGCGGCACCGACUUCCUGCAGCUGGGGGACGUGCCAGCCGAGCCCAGCAGGAUGUCCACCUCGGCCAGCCACCCGGACCUGCUGGGAGGAUGGGACUCCUGGGCCGAGGCCCCGGCCCCCGCUCCAGCCACAGACGGCCCCUUCUUCUCUCCUGGUGGCCAGCCAGCCCCUCCCGGCCCCCCAGCCAGCCGGGCCAAGUCUCAGAGCCUGGACCCGUUUGCAGACCUCGGGGACCUCAGCUCCAGCCUCCAAGAGGGAGCGAGAGAGAGACAGCAGUGACGGGCGGGAAUCAUCCGUGGGCCGCCUCCCGCGCCCCCCACUGCCGGUCGCGCCCACAGCCUCUUGGUUCCUGGGUCGACACUCGACACUGAGCCACGCUGGCCCGCUGCUGCCGUCUUGUUGAUCCUGGAGGUUUUCGUUUUGUGGGCAGUUGGUUCUUUAAAGUUUCCUGGAGUUGAGGUUGCAGUGUCUCUGGGUGCCCAGCUCUGUGUGGCCCUGCUCAGGACAGCGAUGUGGAGGGGACUCCUGGGCACCGCCCGGGCUGUUGGCUGCAGACCCCGUGAGGAGGACUUCCCGAUCUGAGUCGUCCGUGCUCAGGAUGGAGCCGGCCCUCUGCUCUGCACUGCGCCCGACGCCGUGUCGUGCCCCCGCAAGGCGAGUUUGAAUAAAGCUGGCGGCACUGAGAGGAGAAAUAAACAGGCUCAGCCUCUGCUGGAGACCACACCCUCCUCCAAACCUGGGGACACUGCUCGCUGCCAGCAGGCGGGGGCCGGGCACCGCUGCACGAGCCACGGACGUCCUCCUGCCCCUGCAGCCGGCACCUUGGGGCCGUGUCACAGGAGGGUCACGGCUCAUCGUCCUGCUCUGACCACAGGGCCAGCGGGACACCAGGCACAGCUGUGAGAACCUGACAGAACAGCUGCUCUCGGGAUGUGGGGGGCGGGGGUGCUGCACCAGAUGAGGGUGGAGGUGGGAGUCUCCGGACCUGGGUGCACGUGCAGUGCCGCUGGGAGAAGAUGAGAGCUCGUCACCACGGAGCCUCAUCUCAGCUCAGGGCUAACGGGAGGAAGGGAAGGAUGGGGCCAGGCCCGUGAAGUUGAAGGCAGGACCCACCGGAGAGCAAAGGACAAGCUGCAGAGGCGGAGAGGUGCUGCAGGUGGGAGGCCGCCGGGCUCCACGGCACAGCUCCUGCCGGGCCCCACGGCACGGCUCCCGCCGGCCCCACAGCACAGCACGGUACGGGUGAAACAGCUUCGACACCAGCCGUGCCAGGUGGCGGGUGUGAGCAAGGGUGCCGUUCCUGCCCCCGGCACCUCGUCAGCGUGAGGGCCACCCGCUGUCCAUGGAACAUGAGGAAAUGGGCGCAUCGGUCAGAGGAGACGCCCAGCAGAGGCAUGCGGAGCCAGCGAGCCCCCAGCCCCUGGAGAGGUGCCAGGAGACCUCGCUCACUUGCAGCUGCUGGGAAGUGAGGGCCAGUUUCUAUAAAAGUAGACACACAAUCGGCAUUCACCCAGAGAGAUGGAGGCGCAGGCGUGUACAGGCCUGUACACGUGUUCAUGCCUGUAUACACGUGUUCACAGCAGCUUGGUUUGUAAUCCCUCCACACCGGGCUGGUGGUUGAGCGAACCUUGCUGCGUCCCUGGAAAAUGAUGCUCAGCGGUACAAGGAGGCAUCCUGAGUGAGCUCCCUGCAGAGGCUACCUGCUUUCCGAGUCCCUUUCUAGAGCAUUUAACAUAUUAGACAGAUCAAUAGGCACAGACGGACGGAUAGCUAGAUCGAUAGAUAGACGAAUAGAUAGAUCGAUCGAUAGACGGGUAGACACAGACGAACGGAUAGCUAGAUCGAUAGAUAGACGGAUAGAUAGAUCGAUCGAUAGACGGG